AUGAUUUAAAAAACCAAGAAUUUUAAUCAAUAAUUAAAAAUUAAAAUUUUUAUAGUUGUUAAUUAUAUUAUUAUUGUUUUUCUAAUUUUCAACGAAUAAAUGGCAAGAGACAUUUAUGUUUUAAGUGUAAAAAUUAAUACUAAGAUAAGAAAUAAAGUUCCCAACAAUGUUUCAGUUCAUUAGGAAAUUUUGAAUCAAUUCAACAUGUAAACGAUUCGAAUAAAUGGGAUGAUAUAAAAUAGUCAAGAUAAGAUCUAAUGAAAAAAUAUCAUUAGUUUAAAACAAAUGAAGCAAAAUAAACAACAUUAUUAACAUAUUAAUCAUAGAAAGUAUUAUAAAUUUAAUUGAAGGUUGUCAUUCCAAAGUUAGAGAAUUUUGAUAUAAAAUUAAAUAUUUAGAGAGAAAAUAUUAUGAAAGCAAAAGAUAAAGAGAAUAUUAAAAGUUCAUAAUAGAAACAACAAGAGAAACUUGGAUCAAAUAGUUUAAGGAUUAGAUAAGAAUCAGUCUAUGAAAGGUAUAAAAAUUUCAUAAAUAAAGAUUAUAUAAUUAGAGAGAUACAGAAAAUAAAGCAACAAAAGUAUUUUAAAAAAAUCUAAUACUUGAAAAGAGUUCUCAACAAUAAUCAAAAUAAAUUUUAGCUCAUAAUACUUUAAUUUAAAAGCGUUCAUCUGAUCCAUCAAUUUUAAUGCCAAUAUCUACCUUGAUUAAAAAAACUUAAAAGCAAUAAACAGUAUAAUAAGAUCAAAAAAAUACUUUAAUAUAAAUUUUACGAGAAUAGUAAAAUACCCAGGAAUUUUAUAAAAUGAAUAUCAGUAGAUAAUAAGUUUUCUAAACUGAGAAAAAUGAAUGCUCUAAAUAAAAUUAAUCAGCUGAAAUACAAAAUAACAUUAAUUAAUCAAUUUUGCCAAUAAAACAUUGUUAUUUUUCUUUAGUAAAUGUAGAUGAAAGUAAAUAAAUUUGUAACAAUAGAGUUAUAAAAUAAAAAAGUUAGAUCCUAUAGCAGUGAAAAAAAUAAGAUGAAAUUAAAUAAUAAAUCUUAAAAAGGCAAUCGUGCGCAUACUUAGGGGAAACAAGAAAUAAAAAAUUAAUAAAAAAUCAAUAGAUUAUAUGAAUAUAUAUUAGAGGGAAAUUACUGA